AAAUAAACAAACGCGUUCACAUCGGAGCAAAGCAAUACGCGGCGGCGAUGUGCAAAUGUUUGCGUGCCCAGGAACCAGAUAAACGCCUUAAAAAAUGAAGAAAGAGGGCUCAGAGGCGACGCCCCGCCCGUUUAAACUAGCGCACCAAAUCCUCAGCCUGACCGGUAUCAACUUCGAGCGGAAGAGCAUCAUCGGCUUCGUGGAGCUGCUGAUUGUGCCGACGAGCGAUUGGCUGCCGGUGAUACGGCUGAACUGCCGCCAGUGUCGCAUCUAUCGCGUCAUCCUCGACGACAGCUAUGAGGCGGAGAUGCACUACUUCGACCCGUUCCAGGACAUUUGCCAGGGCGAGACGAAGAACAAGUCGCUGGAGUUUUUCUCCAAAAGCCACCUGGACGUGGCCCGGCAAACGGACGCGGACGAGAACAAGGGCGAGCUGGUGAUCGUGGUACCGCCGGAAGCGAAGCACCUGAUCUCGGAGGGACGCGGUGUCCGCAUCGGGAUCGAGUUUUCGCUCGAAGAUCCGCCGGGCGGCGUGCACUUUGUCAUCCCGGAGGGCGAGGGUACGAUGGAAGAGCGGGCGGCGCACAUGUUCACCUACGGGCACGAGAACUCGUCGCGCAUGUGGUUCCCCUGCAUCGACAGCUACGCGGAACCGUGCACCUGGAAGCUGGAGUUUACCGUGGACAAAACGAUGACGGCGGUGUCGUGUGGGGAGCUGGUGGAGGUGGUCAUGACACCGGAUUUGCAGCGCAAAACGUACCACUACGUGUUGUCGGUGCCGGUUUGUGCCCCGAACAUUGCGCUGGCGGUCGGGCCGUUCGAGAUCUUCGUCGAUCCGCACAUGCACGAGGUGACGCACUUCUGUCUGCCGCAGCUGAUGCCGCUGCUGAAGAACACGGUGCGGUACUUGCACGAGGCGUUCGAGUUUUACGAGGAGGCGCUGUCGACGCGCUAUCCCUUCUCCUGCUACAAGCAGGUGUUUGUGGACGAGAUCGACAACGAGUGCAAUGCGUACGCGACGAUGACGCUGCUGUCGACGCAUCUGCUCCACUCGAUCGCGAUCAUCGAUCAGACGUUCCACUCGCGCAAGAUGAUGUCGAAAGCGAUCGCGGAGCAGUUCUUCGGCUGCUUUAUCACGAUGGAGAACUGGUCGGAUGCGUGGUUGGCGCGCGGCAUUGCCGAGUACCUGUGCGGGCUGAACUCGAAGAAGUGCUUCGGCAACAAUGCGUACCGCAGCUGGAUUCGGGACGAGCUGGACGAGGUGGUGCGGUACGAGGAGAAGUACGGGGGCAUCAUACUGGACUGUAGCCAGGCGCCGGCACCGCCCGCCGUGUCGGCCAUCAACAACUCGCCGGCCGCGCCGCAGAAGGCGUACAAUGACAAUCCGUUCUACUUCCCCAUUAAGAAUCUGCACACGAUGUCGCCGAAGUACAUUGAGCUGAUGCGCAAGAAGUCGCACCUGGUCAUACGGAUGCUGGAGCACCGGAUCGGGCAGGAGCUGCUGCUGCAGGUGUUCAACAAGCAGCUGGCGCUGGCGUCGAACGCGGCCGGCACGAAGAUUGGCAGCGGGCUGUGGGGCCACAUGCUGAUCUCGACGAACGUUUUCUCGAAGGCGAUCUUCACGGUGACGGGCAAGGACAUGUCGGUGUUUAUCGAUCAGUGGGUGCGGACGGGCGGGCAUGCCAAGUUUACGAUGACGUCGGUGUUUAACUCGAAGCGUAACACGAUCGAGCUGGAAAUUCGGCAGGACUGUGUGAACCAGCGCGGGGUGCGGAAGUACGUCGGCCCGCUGCUGAUUCAGCUGCAGGAGCUGGACGGUACGUUUAAGCACACGCUGCAGAUCGAGAACAUCAUCGUCAAGUCGGACAUUACGUGCCACUCGAAGAGCCGGCGCAAUAAGAAGAAAAAGAUUCCACUCUGCACGGGGGAGGAGGUGGACAUGGAUCUGUCUCCGAUGGCUGAAUCUCCGGUCCUGUGGAUACGGCUCGAUCCGGAAAUGACGCUGCUGCGCUCCGUCAACAUCGAACAGCCCGACUUCCAGUGGCAGUUCCAGCUGCGCCACGAACGCGACGUAACGGCCCAGCUGGAGGCGAUUAAAGCGCUGGAAAAGUACGCCACCCCACAGACGCGCCUCGCCCUGACCGACACGAUCGAAAGCGAGCGGGUGUUUUACGAGGUCCGCUGUCAGGCGGCCAUCUGCUUGACGAAGGUCGCAAACGCCAUGGUCACGUCGUGGCAGGGACCGCCCGCGAUGCUCACGAUCUUUAAGAAGUUUUUCGGGUCGUUCAGCGCGCCGCACAUCAUACGGCAGAACAACUUUACCAACUUUCAGCAUUACUUCCUGCAGAAGACGAUCCCGGUCGCGAUGGCGGGCCUGCGGACGGCACACGGCAUCUGUCCGCCCGAGGUGAUCCGGUUCCUGCUCGAUCUGUUCAAGUACAACGACAAUUCGAAGAACCACUACUCGGACAACUACUACCGGGCGGCGCUGGUCGAGGCGCUGGGCAACACGAUCACGCCGGUCAUUUCGGUGGUGCAUCAGGGACGGGCGCUUUCGUCGGAGAAUCUGUCGCAAGAUGCCAAGCUGGUGCUGGAGGAAGUGACGAGAAUUCUUAAUCUGGAGAAGCACCUACCAUCGUACAAGUACACCGUAUCGAUCGCGUGCCUGAAGGUAAUCCGCAAGCUGCAAAAGUGUGGCCAUCUACCGACGAACCCGAAGAUCUAUCGCAGCUACGCCGCCUACGGCCAGUACAUCGAUGUGCGUCUGGCCGCGAUGGAGUGUUUGGUGGAUUACGUCAAGAUCGAUGGCCGUUGGGAGGAUCUGGAGCAUCUGAUGGAGCUGCUCGAGACGGAUCCCGACCCGAUGGCUCGCCAUCAGCUCGGUCGUUGUAUGAUCGAGGCACUGCCGUUCGAUAAAUCGAACCGGCACCGUCUGGACCGGGAAGCGCUUGCGCUGCGCAUUUGGGAAAACAUGAAUUCGAAGCUCUCGCACGACACACGGCUCCGGUGCGAUAUGGUCGAUCUGUACUACACGCUGUACGGUGUGCGAAUGCCGGCCUGCCUGUCCAACCAGGAGCUUGGGUCGAUUCUGCGCGCCCAGAAACCUUCGUCCGGCUUCGGCUACUCCGAUCGGGGUGGCAGCCGGCGUAGCUCCCCUGCCCCGGACGACGCGAUGCCCCUCGCGCCGUACACGAUGAAGCGCGACCGGUCCGCCACACCCGAGCCGGCCGACGUGAAGGAAUCGUUCGAUAUGAUCGAGAUCGGCGACACGAAGGUGAUGAUACCGCGCAGCCGCGACGGCUCACCGUACGACGAUGCGGAGAGCCGCGCGCGCGAGGAGCAGGAGGACAAUGAGCGGGUGGCGCGGGAAAAUCAGCGCAUCAUCGAGACGGUCGAGGCCAGCAUCAAGAAGGAGGCCGGCGAGACGGGCAACAAGUCGAUGGAGCAGGUGAAGGAGGAGGUUAUCGAUCUGGACGACAACGAUCCGCCGUCCGGUGUGCUCGAGAAGGAACCGCCGUCGAAGAAGAUCAAGGCAGAGUUCUACUCGGACAACUCGAUCUCGCUGCCGGGCAUUAGCAUGGGCAGCUCGAAGGGAGCGGGCGGCCCAACCGGCUUCGAGCCGGGCAUGUUCGGCAAGGCGGGAAUGGCGAACGAAUCGUCCGCAGCGGUCGAUCCGAACAGCUCCAAGACGGAUGGUAGCAAGAAAAAGAAAAAGAAGGACAAGAAGAAGCAUAAGCACAAGCACAAACACAAGCACAACAAGGACAAGGACCGGGAGCGGGACCGGGAGAAGGAUAAGGAUCGAAGCGGGGGUGAUCGCGACCGGGACAAGGGCAAGGACAAGAAGGAUCCCAACAUUGUGCGGGUGAUACGGGAGGAAACGCAGGAAACGCUCAGCUCGGCCGACAGCUCCAGCCGGGACAGCAAUCCGACGACGCUCGACUUGACGCUCUAACAGGAAGAAGCAUUAGGCUAAGAAACUCUAAAUAACGUAGUGAAACGGAAACUAAAAGUAUAAAAUAAAUAAAACAACUACAAGCGA